AUGAACAAUGUAUAAAUCGUACUAUUUGUGUUUCUAACAGCCAAGACUAUAGUGCAAAUCAUCCAUCAACAAAAGGCAGAGGUCUUGAUUUUCCAAUGGUUCACCUUGUUAUUCAUCUAAUAAAUAUUUGAUUUGUUAGGAUUCUUCAAUUUUUUCUAUUGGGUCUGUCUGAUUGCUUAGUUGACAUUCGCAUUUUUGAAAUUCGAACAUUUAAAUUAUUGUGCAGUCUAUCUCCAGAAUAUUUAAAUUGAUAAUGUCCUAACAGAAAUGAGAUAUCAAAUGUCUUACAUCUUAGUUACAACCACAUCUAAAAUAUUUAAAUUGGUUUUCGUUAAGAUAUUGCAAUCCAUCGACAAUUAACAACUGAAUGACGAGCGACAAUCAAGAUUGCAAUAACAAUUAUUGGAUGUCAGCCAAUUUAUAGAAAUCGAAACCCAAAAUAGAUGCAACAAAUCUCAACUUAAUUAUACCUAAUUUAUGGAUUAGACUCUGAAUCUCAAUUACACAGUUAUUGAAAAGAGUGAUGACUUGCCAUCAUAACAAAAUCGAGAAAAUAUAGAAAUUUUAAAAGAAUUAAAUGUCACAACUAAAAAAGUUGAACAAGCUAAACCUCAAAUCAACUUUUAGCCAAUUGCUUUGUAGGUGUAACCAAAGAAACCACUUUAAGAACAAUUGAAACAAUCCUUACAAAUUUAGAGCACUAUUUAAAAUUAGAUCACCAAUUAAAAUUCGAACAUUAUUUAGAAUUAGAACAAUGUAUAAAAAUAGAACUCUAUUUAAAAAUCGAAAUCUCCUGAACAAAUGAAAUCAUCAAGAGCAUCCACAGAUUUGAAUUCAUUGAGGAAAACCUUAGAUCUCUUAUAAACGGAUGAGAAAAUCUCAUAGAGAAUUGUAGUUGAAGCCUUAUAAGAGAAAGUAUAAGAGAGUAAAGCGAAUCCUUCGAAAGAUGAGUUAUUUUAGAAGAUGCAGAAAUGCAAGGAGAAGAUCUUACAAUAACAAAAAUAGAAUUCUAAUUUUUAUGAAUGA